CAUAACAUUAAAUUAACAUGUCUCCCUUCGUAGUAUUCGCCCUUUGCCUGCAGGGUUGCUUGAUUCAGUCCGUGAUGAGUCAGUCCUUAGGAUUUCCACAAAUGCCCUACGGGUCCGGAUCGAGCGGAAUCGGCGGUCUCAACAGUGCCAGUCAAAUUAGUCAAAGCGCGCCCGCGCCGUCCCCCGUCCCGAGCCCGCCGUGCGCGUCGUACGGCGGCGUGGGCACCGGGCAGGUCGGCGUGUCCGGCGACAUCGACGCGAGCGGCCAGACCGUCGUCGUCGGCUCCGUGCCCGUGCUCGGCUCCGUCGACUUCAAUGGAACCGUGGCUGCGUCCGGCUCUGUCUCCAUAUCAGGACAGUGCGGAUGCGGUUGCAAUGCGUAGUACCUAGUUAU